UUCAAAACAGGCAUGUUCAUUUUUCUUUUUUUGUCUGUGGAGCAGGCGUCCCGUCCGCGCUGCUAGGAGCUCCGCUCCGCGCUUUAAAUAGAGCCCUCCCUUUCCAGAAAGAAAUGUGCUUUCAACCUGAUCAUAAACUUGGUUUGAAAAGAGAGCCCCGCCCUCCCUCCAGUUCUUAUUCUACGACAGCUUUAAAAACAGCAGCUUCACGGUCAGGCGAUUAGAACAAGGAAACGCAGAGACAAACUAUACCUUGUCUCUAUUUUGAUGCAGAAAGACAGUCAUACUGAGUAAGAAAUCUGGCGGAAUCUACUGGUAUUUCUUUGCAAAGAAAGACAGCGCUUUACUGCAGGAAACAUGGAUUUUCUAAAUCACAAUUAUUUGAGCGCUCGCUCCCCUUACGACUACACCUUUAAUUUUUGGAAUGACUAUUUGGGUCUCUCGACGUUGGUGACGAAGAAUAAGAACAGCGUGCCGCAAAGUCCCAACUCAAUCACGGAGUCUCUGAAAGCAACUCUGGGCUUGGACGACUCCCCGGCGUGCUCGUGCGCGGUCGGGGGCAGUGGCGAAGGUGGACACUUGGACUGCUGCUGCCCGUCCGUGAGUCCCCCGCCUACCUCCAUCAUUGACUUGAAGGAGCGCUUUUCCAUCUUUAGCCCUUUCCAGAACCAAAGUGUUCCCCAGCAGGACAGGGAGUCCAGCUUUGGAGGAAGCUUCGCGGGGUUCGACCUUUUUGGCGUGGAGCGAAAGAUGCGCAAGCCGACGGCACGGAAUAAACAGGAGCCCAAGAUCUGCGUCUUUUGUAGGAAUAACGGAGCACCGGAGGAGGUGUACGGUUCCCAUGUGCUGAAAACGCCGGACGGGAGGGUCGUUUGUCCCAUUCUCAGGGCUUACACUUGCCCCCUAUGCAGUGCCAACGGGGACAAUGCCCAUACAAUAAAGUACUGCCCGCUUUCCAAAGAUCAGCCCGCCCAACGGCCACUGAAGGGAGGGAGGGCGGUAGGGGGUAAGCGGCUCAAAAUAUUCUAAAUAGACCGUUAAAAAGACGAAGAAACAAACUCAAUCUAAGAAUUGCACUGAACAUUUUUCCAGACGACUGUUUCGAAUGCGGCUUUCCCUGGUCCAAACGGCUACAGUAUCAAUUUUUAUUGACACUAAAGCAGAAAAAAAUACUUUUCUCCCAAAAAUAUUUUAAUGACAUCUUACCAUAUGAGUGAAUCUACACAGUUGAUUUAUUUAACACGCCAUAACGCACAGUUGUUGUAGUGUUCAUAACAUGCACCUUCAUUCAUUUUCAUUUCCAUGUUUUGUGAAUAAACGGUGGUAUUUUUAGUAGGAAUAUGGCUGUUUACUUACAUACAUAUGUUUCCCUAGAUGCGAUUUUUAGAAGUGUAAGCUAAGCUUACGUUUCCUGUUGCUUGUCUGAUGAACCAAAGUUUAGUUAGACUUUUAAACGAGAGAAAGAAUGUUUCCUCUCUGCAUUUACCCUGAAGCUGGACGUUAGCCCUGUUACUUCACAGUGUUGUGGGCGUUUUCGGUUAGCUAUUCCCCUUCAUAGUCGCCUCUCCAGUUCACAACGCGGAUUCAACCGUGUUUUGAAGCGAAAGUCCAUGACAUUUAACAUCCGUUAAUAUAUCCACCCCAGCACGUAGGUAGUCUCUUGUGCAUACGCGCUAGGAGUUAACUUCUGAAUUAACAGCUGCAUUGCCAAUUACAUUCAGCGUCAUCACACAAUCGCAGCGGUUUACAUUGCUAUGCCUUUUAAAAUGUAGGACUGAAGACACCAAUCAGAGGUACUCCUCAUGUUUACAUACCCGACAGCGGGUAAAAACACUGGAUUUUGUGUCUUUUGGAGUAUCGUGUCGUGUUGUGUUUUUUCGCCUCCACAGAUAAUUGCAAUUCACAGGGUUUACAAGCCGUUCCCACCUAAUAUUUGAAACAAGAUGGGGGAGAAGCGCGGAGCGCUUUACGGAACACAGUAAAAGUCCGGGAGCAAAUGCAGUAAGACUUUUCUUGUGAAAUGCUAGAAGUCCUAUAGCACGAAUGAAUGUCAUUAAAGAAGCUUUUUUUUGAACAAUGUACUAUCCCUUUUGCAUUAUUUACUAGAAUGAAUCCAAAAAAGAUGCAAAAAUGUUGUGAAUGUAAAAUAAAGUGAAACGUGACACUUGGAGAGACUGCACAUUUCUGACAGUUAUGUUUACCAAAGGAAUACAUUAACUUUAAUGAAAUAAGAAAAAAAGUAAUAGAUUUUCUGUAUUGUAUAUAAAAGUGUGUAUUGUUUAUUCAGUAUUUUAACAUUAUAAUAACUGACUUAA